UCGACUUGUCAUCUCUCCGCCCACAAGAUGCGUCCACAGCAUCUCCUCCCGCUCCUCCUCCUCCUCCUCGCGCCUGCCAUACAUGCAGCGGUGCUCGCCAUCGACUACGGCGCAGAGUUUACAAAACUCUCCCUCAUCAAGCCCGGCGUGCCCUUCGAUGUCGUUUUAGACAAGGACAGUAAACGAAAAAUCGCGAGCGUAGUAGGAUGGAAACGAGACGAACGAGUAUUCGGCGCCGAAGCAAAAUUGGCUGCCACGAGGUUCCCCGACACCCACUACCCUUUUAUAAAACCUCUUCUUGGCACCACUACUCCCAACACCUUUCCAGUAUACCCCGUCAACCCUCAUGUUACCAAUGACACAUUAUACUUCCCUCACCCCUCGCCUCCCUCCUACAUCUCUCCCGAGCUUGUUUCUCCUGAAGACGCUUGGACGCCUACUGCCCUCUUGGCACAGCAGCUCUCAUAUUUCCGCCACCUCGCAGAGUUGGUUCAGCCUGCUGGAUCAAACAAAGAGAGCAUAAACUCUGUUGUUGUCACCGUUCCUGCGUGGUGGGAUCAGGCUCAGCGCCGUGCGUAUCGAGAUGCGUUGGAACUUCAGGGUAUGAAUUGCUUGGCGAUGAUCUCAGAGGGUACCGGUGUUGCACUCAAUUAUGCCAUGACAAGAUCUUUCCCCAACUACGACCCCGUAACUGGACAAGGGGAAAAAGAGUAUCACAUUGUUUAUGACUCUGGAGCUAUGACCACCACCGCUACUGUCUUGGCAUUCUACCAAACUAGCGAAUACGCGACACCGAAGUCAAAGACAGCGAUCAACACAACUCACAUUGAAGUGCUUGGAACUGGAUGGGAGCACGUUGGUGGAGUGAUGCUGGACACUGUUAUCCAGGAUAUUCUCCUCACUGGCUUUGUCAGUAAGACUGGGCGGGAGGAGGUCAGACAGGACAAGAAAGCCUUGGCCAAGGUCGCAAAAGAAGCUACCAGAGUCAAGCAGAUUUUGAGUGCCAACCAGGAAGCCAAUGUAGCUAUCGAGUCUCUCUUCGAUGACGUCGACUUCCGCUCAACUAUCUCUCGUGCCGACCUCGAAAAAAUUGUGGGAGCUGUCGACCAGUUGUACGGCAGCCCUGUCAUUUCUGCUCUCGAGGCGGCGGGUUUACAACUUGGAGAUAUCAACUCUGUCAUACUCUUUGGUGGUAAUACCCGAGUUCCUCUUGUACAGGCCUCCCUCAAAUCUGUUCUUGGCGGUGCUGAGGACAAGAUUGCGCAGAAUGUUAACACCGACGAAGCCGCCGUGCUUGGUGCCGCAUACUAUGGAGCUGCGUUGAGCAAGCAGUUCAGGAUCAAAAACAUCGAUAUCAAGGAAAGGAGUGUCAGCGAGAUUGCCCUCAAAAAUGGCAACGCAAUCUUCCCCGAGGGCAGCGUUCUAGGCGAGCGAAAGGCGAUCACGCUUCCUGCCAAGGGAGAUGUGACUCUUGAGUUCACUGAGCGCAUUUCUCAUCCCGACAGUGCCCACGCAUCCUCUAGCGAGCCCCAGUCUAUUCUCUCCGUUGAAGUUCACGACGUCGAAAAAGCCCUUGCAGAUUUCACUGCCCCUGAGCCUGUCAUCAACAUCACUAUGCGUCUCGAUCCCAAGGGUCAUGUAUCGGCUGCCAACGCUGUCCUUGUCUCUAAUGUUACCGAUUCAAAAGACGGUGGUGUCGCUGGCGCUAUCAAGGGCCUUUUUGGUAGCAAGGAGGAAGAAGCGAAGGAAACUGAAGAAGACGAGGGGCAGAAGGACGCUAAAGGCAAAUCUCUCAAAGUAGCCCUCAAGUUUCGCGAGAAGCACCUCGGCCUGAAGCCUUUGUCUGGCGAAGAGAAGCGUACCACCAACGCCCGUCUUAUUUCCAUCUCUGCCUUUGAGGCCGCCAAGGCGUCCCGCGAAGAGGCUCGCAACUCACUCGAGUCGUACCUCUACGCCCUUCAAAACUCCCUCAAUAUCGACGAUGGACCUACCGCCCUUACCGACUUUUCUACUCCUGCCGAGCAACAGGCUUUGAAAAAGCUUCUGGGCGAGACAUUUGAGUGGUUAGGCGAGAAUGAUGAAGUCGCAGAGGAGUCCAACUUGAGGAGAAAGUUGGCUGAACUUGAGGGGUUGGAGAGGCCCGUCGUUUUCAGGUACAACGAGUACCGCGCGAGGGAUAAGGCCGUCGCCGACUUCCAGCAGGCCAUGCAUCUUGCUCGUGCCUUCUUCAUUGACGCUCAAACUAACUACACGAAGGCUAUGGAAGCUGCUGCCACCGCUACUCCCGAGGACCCAGUGGCGCCUCCCAAGCAUACAGAAGAAGAGUUGAAGGGUGUCGAAGCGCUCUUAAAAGAGUACACUCAGUUCAUCGAUGAAAAGAUGAAGGUGCAAGUAACUCUGGACGGAGACAAGACUAAGGACCCGGUCAUCACAGUCAGAGAACUGCAGGAGAAGGGAAGGCGACUCCAAGCUACUGUCUUGACUCUCCAGAAGAAAAAGGCCCCUCGUAAGCCUCGACCGACCACCUCUUCAUCCUCUGCAACGAGCUCUACUACUCUCGCCUCCCCCACCGACGACGGUCCUUCCCCUGACGUUACCGAGUCCCCAUCUGACGUCUCUUCAACAACCCUGGCUUCACCGACUGAUCACGGGCCAUCAUCAGAGACGUCGGCCGCACCUACUGAAGGUUCUGAUGCACUUAGACAUGAGGAGCUGUAGUGUAGCAUAGAAAAAAUCAUGAAUCAAUGAAAAUACUACUAAAGUUCAG